UAAUCAGCACCCUCCGUCUGUCCGCGCCUGCGUGCCCCGCCCAACGGAGCCGCCGCGGGGCACGCCGGGAGUUGUGGUGCGGGCAGGCCGCGCCCAUGGCGGACCGGGACGGUACCGGGGCCGGCGGGGCCGGGAGCAGCCCCGAGGGUGCGGCUCCCUCUGCUCCCGCCCCCGCUGGGGAUCCCCCCAGCGUGCCCGCGGCUCCCGGUGCCCGCCGGGAGGAGGCGGAGCAGGACGCCGAGUCUCCGGUUUCGGAGCCCGAGCCCGGCACUUCGGCCGACGCUGACAUGGAGCUGCUGCGGGCGCUGCUGUCCCGGACCCUGGGGCUCGGCGGGGACCGAGCGGAGCCGGUGCUGGACGAGCUGAGCCUGGCGGGCGUUGGCCGCUUCAUCAAGAGUGACCGGUGUAAGAACAUUGUGUGCAUGGUGGGCGCUGGCAUCUCCACCUCUGCCGGGAUCCCCGAUUUCCGCUCCCCCGGCACCGGGCUCUACUCCAACCUGCAGAGCUACAACCUCCCCUACCCUGAGGCCAUCUUCGAGAUCGGGUUCUUCAAGAAACACCCAGAGCCCUUUUUCGCCCUCGCCCGCGAGCUCUACCCGGGGCAGUUCAAGCCCACGGUGUGCCACUACUUCAUGCGGCUGCUGCAGGACAAGGGGCUCUUGCUGCGCUGCUACACCCAGAACAUCGACACCCUGGAGAGGGUGGCGGGGCUGGACCCAGAGCUGCUGGUGGAGGCUCACGGCACCUUCUUCACCUCGCACUGCCUGCGAGCCUCGUGCCGCCAGAGCUACAGCCUGGCCUGGAUGAGGGAGCGGAUUUUCUCCUCCCUCGUCCCUAAAUGUGAGAAGUGCCAGGGGCUGGUGAAACCUGACAUUGUGUUUUUUGGGGAGAACCUGCCCUCGCGCUUCUUCGCCCUCCUGGAGUCGGACUUUGGGAAGGUCGACCUGCUGAUCAUCAUGGGCACCUCACUGCAGGUGCAGCCCUUUGCCUCCCUCAUCAGCAGGGUCCCCACCAACACCCCCAGACUCCUCAUCAACAAGGAGAAGACAGGGCAGAGUGACCCCCUGAUGUCCCUGAUGGGCUUUGGUGGCAUGGACUUUGACUCAGACAAGGCCUACAGGGACGUGGCCUGGCUGGGGGACUGCGACAGCGGGUGCCUGGCUCUGGCUGAGCUCCUGGGCUGGAAGGAGGAGCUGGAGGAGCUGGUGCAGAGGGAACACGCGGCCAUCGACGCCAAGGGCGGGGACAGGGAUGGGGGGAUCCCCCAAAAGCCCCAGGGGGACGAGGACAAGGACGGGGGGAGCCCCAAAAAGAGCCUGGGGGACGAGGGAAAAGCUCAGAGUGAGCCCAAGAAGGGCCUGGGGAGCAAGGCCAAGGCUGAAAAGGACCCCAAAAAACCCCAGGGAGGGGACAAGGACAAGGCUGAAGAUGACCCAGAAAAGUCACGGGGGGGGCAGUGAGGACCCUCCCCAUAGCACGGGGAGACAACCCAAAAUUAAAUGGUCACAGAGGA